CAUUUUCCGUUUUCUUGCUCUCCCCCGAGAUCAAGCCAGCGAGCAGUAAACAGACGUUAUCGGCAACAGAAAAUGGAAGAUCCCAAAGUCCUCACAAUCGCAGAGCUGCUCCGGCUUGGUCGUCCUCUCACCGCCACGAACUCUCUCCACUCGCCCCAUUGUGCCCGUCCUCUCUCUCCCAAACUCUCCGUUUUAAAAAACCAAAGAUUCAAGCCCUCGUGCCGGCCCCCAUCACCUCCUGGUCCCACCGGCUCUAACACUAACCCUAAACUUCUCACUCCUCUCAACCACCCCGCCAUCAUCGUCGGAACUUUAACUCUCCCAACCGACGAUUCUGCCUUCGCUCCAAACCCUACUCUUCGUUGCCCGUACAACAACUGCUUCCGAUUCUCUGACACUUCGGCUACGAUUUGCUGCGACAUUAUUGACCUCGAUUUGCGGAUUCUUGGGAAGGAAAUCAACGUUCUUGCUUGGAAUUUCGUUCCCAUGAAACGUGGCUCCGGGUUCUUGGAGAUUAUCAAAUGGGGAUUUCCGCAAUCGAGCGGCGGACUCGGCCGGUGUUCGAAUGUUGAUUUGUUUCCAUUGGUUUCCGGCUCUUCGUCUUCCUCUGAGGACAGUUCCAAAGCUCGGUACCGCAUUCACGGCUUAUUAGAGUCAGUAAGCCCUGUCACCUUAGUUCCAUGCUAUAUGGGUCUAAGUUCAAGCACGUCGGUAAAUUUAAGAGGAUUUUUGCUCCAAGUUAUGGCUUGCGAGUGUAUAUUAUGUACUUGCAAAACUGCGGCAAUGGCUUUGAAUGAUUCAAUUCAAGAACAGGGUCGGAGUAGGAGCCAUUCUUACAACAAAGUCUGGUUUGUAUAUUUUUGUGGUUCCGCUUCAUCGUGGCAUCCCGUGAUUAUGAAACUUAUUGGGAAUGCUAUUACGCUAUUGGGCUUGAAGAAGAAGUUGAUAUAUUUUGACAAGGAAGAGUCUCGUUUGAUGUAUGUAACAACGGAGAAAUCUACUUUGCACUUACCAAGGCUAUCCGACAAUCGGGUACCGUGUGAGAGAAGUGUAAUUAAGGGGAAGGGUGAAUGUGGUUCGUAUAAGGGCAUAAUCAGAGGCGUGUACAUGGAAGGAAUGGUCGUCGAGCUGGAUAAUGAAGUGUGGCUGUUACUUACUGAUCAUAUAAUUUCUCAGCCCCAUAGCCUUAGGGUUGGUGCUUUUAUAUCCGUGAGAAAUGUCCAUUUUGUGAAUCCAAGAUUUUCUUGGAAGAAAAUGCUUAUUCUUGGGGCUUGCUUCAAGACUAAUAUAAUCGUGGAGUCCUUCUCCCCAUUGGAAGCUGGGUGUCAUAUUGUUUCACAAUCAGAGAGUAUGCUGGGCAAGUUUGUUGCGUCUCUAGCCUUUUCUGCUAGACUAUGGGUAUUACUUCUCGUUUCAUGCCUUAGGAAAAAGUUUGCAGGUACAAUAUCUGAGAAGAAGAUUUUGGGAACAAAACAUAAAGAAGGACUGGCUCAAGUGUACGCUAGUUUACAUCUGCCUACCUCAGUGUUUCUAUCUCGGCAUGGAGUAUUCAUGGAAAUAUUUAAACACAACCAUUGCGGCUGUGGUAGUGAACUGUAUUCUGAUGGUCUGAAACUGGUUAUACCCAUAUCUUGUUUUUUCCAUCAUUGUGAGGCCACAUGGAUGAGAAUUCUACAAUUAAAAAAUGAUUGUAAGAAACUGUGUGAAAACAACCUGUUCAGCCUUCAAUCAUGUGAACGGAGAUUAUAUGAUCGGUCAGUCAGGAAAAUACUUACAAGUGACGAUAUUGGCAUUAUUUUGCUUGGAAGUCUAAAGAUUUCUCCCUCUUCUGGAAGAUUACAGUUGGUUGACGUAACUGGUAGCAUUGAUGUUCUUAUACCUGAUCUUCCAUCAACAUGGAAUGCCAACAGUAUAUAUGAGGUAAUUCACUAUAGGCUUGUUAUUGAGGGUGCGCCUAAUCUGGUAGAUCAUUUGGGAUUGCUUGACAAUAAGCCAUUCUCGUGCAGAAGUAUCUUUCAGCAUAUUUCACCAGCAAGAGAGAUAAAUUUAACAGUAUAUAUUUAUUUUCAUUGGGCAGAAGUGACUUGCAAAAAUCUUCCCUUUUAUCCUAGUAUUGACUGGAAGGAUGAUCUCAAGAAACUUGAGGGUGGAACAUUUCAUCUGCUUUAUGUAACACACAAAUUUCCUGUGCUGUACAAGGUACAUGAUGAUCCAGCUAUUCCAGAUAGGUCAAGCCUAUAUGUUGAGGCCUUAGUUUUGCCUUGGGAUUUAUAUUUUGUUGAAGAUGGACUAGUGAAGCUAGAAAAGGUUUCAGGGGAACAGCUGAAGGAGUGCCCAGAACAUAGUGCUAAUGAAAAUUAUGAGCGUCUCUCUCUCAAGAGACAUAAAAGUGAUCAUGCAUCGAUCAGGGCAUCGAGUUCAGGUGUAAUGUUAGAGUUCUGCAAAUCUAGCAGUGAACUGAGUGCUUGUUCUUAUUCUUCUACUCAGUCCAGUGAAGAGCCAAGAUGCUGCAACUCGAAUUCUUAUGAAAUUUCUUGUUUGGUCACUGUUAGAGGUGUUAAUGGUAACAGAGCAGUUAGCUCAGGUAUCAUGCACUGCACAAGACUCAAUCUGAAUACUGGCGGUAGUUGCAGAUCAAGUAUGCAGAAGGUACUGUUGGAGUUCAAGUCCGAAAGUUUCGUCAAGUAUCAGUUGUUGCAGAUUGGUGGUCAUUACAUAACAAGGCAUCAUAGAGAUGAUUUUUUCUGUAAUUUCAAGGACGUCUGUGGUGUCAAAGUUCAUGUCACUUCUGAAACACAUUUGUGGAGUCUUUCAUAUGCUUCUGAUGAGGUCAUCCCAGAGAAUAAUUCAUCAUACUACCCUGCAUUAGAUAGUUUUGUCAGAAAUAAUGAGGUUCUGUUUGAAGAUCGAAUUGAACUCCAAGUGUCCACUCAAAAUUCUCUGAGAACCUGUUCAGAUGUUCAUCUGUGUCUCCCAGCCCAUCUAAUAGGUCUCUUUGAGGAAAAUAUUAAGGGAUUGGAAGAAGGCCUAGCCAAGGCAACUUUAACAACCAAAGAGCUUGCUAAUGCUUCUCUGUCAAUUGGGUCCCCUAAUUGCCUGUUUCCUGAGAGAAAGUUUUCUUCUCUCCGGGGGCAAGUGAUUUCUAUUUAUAGCACUGAUGACAUUGAUGUACUUCUGAGCCAUGAAAACAAUGAUGUUCCACAGUCAAGAUCCUUUCAGAGAACUAUACGCAGUUUUUGUAUUCAUGUUUUGGUGGACAAUCACGUUGUGAGGAUUUUUGGUUCCCUGAAUAAGCAUGCUUGUCCUAUUGGAUUCGGACCUGGAACAUAUGCAACGUUUCAUCGGGUUCUUGAACUGGGGAGCAAGAAUAGCUUUAUGUUGACUCCCGUAACAUAUAUUGUAAUCAACUCCAUCAGUGCUGUCAGUGGACCAUACAGUGACAGCUAUCUUAGUUUUCAGCCUGUACCAGAUGUUUACAGUAAUGCUUCUCCAGAUACUGUUUCUUCUGGUCAGUUUUCAGAAUUGAGUCAGUGCUCGGAUUGCAAGCCAAUGCGGUUUCACUGCAGGGUUGUUGCAAUCCAUAUACUGAUUCUGGAGAAGGUAAAAUAUGAUGGUUUACCAUCAAAAGCUGCGUCCAGGCCACCUGUUGUUGAUAUUCCCCUUGCUUGUUUCAUUUUAGAUGAUGGGUCGUCAUCUUGUUGUUGCUGGGCUAAUGCCAAAACAGCAUCUACCAUGCUUCGGCUGCAUGAAAAACUCCCACAGCGAGCUUUUGAAAGCAGCCACUGGACUCAAAAGUGGGCUGGGAUAGAUGACAAUGCCUGCAGCUCUGCCAUUCAUCAUCUUGAGAGGAUUUUCGAAAACCAUGAUAGAAUUACAGUGAAGAACUUUGGGUCAAUGUUUGAUUCUUCUUAUCAAGACCUUGCUGUUUCUACCAGUUCAGAUAAUGCCCUUAGUGCUUUGGAUGAGAGCCUUCUUAAGUUCAUGAUUUUAAAUGCUUCCUUUAGCUCAUCCUGGACUGUCAUUGCUAGAGUGAUUGAUGUGAAAGCUGUUUGGCAAUUGGGGAAAGAACACCUUACAGAAAUGGAGAUGACUGUCGAUGCCAUGCAAAACAUUUGUGCUAUGGAAGUUUGCUACACAAACCCACUUGCUGAUGGUAGGAAUAUGAUCCAAGAACUGCUUAAUAGCUAAUGCCAUGGACAAUAUAUGGAGCGAAUGGAAUCAAGUGGUUCAUGAACACGUCCUCCUCGAUGCUCUAUCCUUGGCAUCGAGCACAUCCAGUCUCUGCAACACUUUGUUGAAUGGCCUGAAAUCAUCCAAUAAUCUCCCAUUGGCGUUCAUCCCCUCUAUACAGGUUCCUCAAAGUCUAGAUUGAUAUGGCCAUCCACUCAGAUCCGACAGUUGUCACUGAGAUUUCGAAAUUGGCACAGGAUAGCCAGACUACCACCACCUUGAUCCCCCUGGUGGGAUUCGAUUGUGUUGGAAUACAGAGCAAGUUAACAACAUCCAUUCCUUUGCUAAUACGGUGGCUCAUGAUAUGGCAAGAUUGGCUAUCUCCAUUAAUCUUGAUGUUCUAUUGCACUCUCUUCCCUUUCCUGUUCUAUAUGGAAUGCAUCUCCCGGAUUGCAAGGCCAUUUUCUUUCAGUAAUUAUGUGAAUAUUUGAAGCCAAUACUGGAUCAAAAGAUGUCCUAUCGAAUUUCUAUAUUUGUUAAUCACGUAAAUCUCUUUACUUUCACCAUUGUUUUCAAGUCAAAUGUUUGGAACUUUAACGGAGUAUUUAUUGCUUCUACCAAGUUAACAUCUAUAGUUUUAGUUUUUUUUUCAUAUUUAGAAUAUUUUAAUAAGAAUUGGUGUUUGAGAAUCGGAGGUCUUUUUUAUUUA